UCAGCAGCUCCAUUCUACACGGGUCCGGCCGGCGGAGAAGGCACAAUCAAAACCUAGCUGGCUGAAAAGCUUGCCCCGGUCAACCGCGCCGCCGUCUAUAGCUGCCCUACCCAUGCUGAAUUCCACACAUCUCUCCCUCCAAUGUUAUCUGUUCCGAUCCUAUAUAUAGUUGAGUCGAUUCUAGCUAAUCCUCCACACCAUUUGAUCAAGCAACUACUAGCUAGUAAUAAGCAAGCAAGCAAGCAAAUAAUCCAGCAAUGGCGGCGCCGGCGUUCGGAGGACGGCGGAGGCCGGCGUCAGCAGCAGCUCUCCUAGCCGUGGCGACCCUUGUUGUUGUCUUCCUCGCCGGGCCAGCCAUGGCCGCGGGGAACAAGACCGGCCAGGUGACGGUGUUCUGGGGCCGGAACAAGGCGGAGGGCACGCUCCGCGAGGCCUGCGACUCCGGGCUCUACACCAUGGUCAUCAUGUCGUUCCUCGACGUCUACGGCCCCAACGGCAAGUACCAUCUGGACCUGUCUGGCCACCCGAUCGCCGGCAUCGGCGACGACAUCAAGCACUGCCAGUUCGUCGGCGUCCCGGUGUCGCUCUCCAUCGGCGGCUUCGGCUCCGGCUACUCGCUCCCGUCCAAGCAGGCGGCGCUGGACCUCUUCGACUACCUCUGGAACGCCUUCUUCGGCGGGUCUAAACCCGGCGUCCACCGCCCCUUCGGCGACGUAUGGCUGGACGGCGUCGACCUCUUCCUGGAGCACGGGACGAACGCCACGGACAGGUACGACGUGCUGGCGCUGGAGCUCGCCAAGCACAACAUCCGCGGCGGUCCCGGGAAGCCGCUGCACCUGACGGCGACGCCGCGCUGCGAGUUCCCGCCGGCGGGGUACCUGAAGCGGGCGCUGGACACGGGCAUCUUCGAGCGCGUCCACGUCAGGAUCUACGACGACGCCGACUGCGAGGCGUACUGGCACCUGGCCUGGGACAGGUGGACGGCGGCGUACCCGGCCACCAGGUUCUACGUCGGGAUGACGGCGUCGGAGACGACGCACGGGUGGGUGCACCCCAAGAACGUCUACUACGACGUCGCGCCGUCGGUGCAGAAGGCGGACAACUACGGCGGGUUCAUGAUCUGGGAACGCUACGCGGACACGCUCUCCAACUACACCAGCAUGGUCAAGUACUAUGCGUGAUUGAUUUCUGAUCGAUUCAGUUCAGACAUGAAUGCUGCGUCAGCAGCAUCACUAGUGGUGUCUCUGUUUGUCUGGUACAGUAGUAUGUAUAACUGUAUAAUAAUACAGUCAUCACUGUGGUGGUGUGUAGUGUGUUUGCAUUUUGCAAGAAGGAAUAAAGUGACGAAUAAAAGAGAGUAAAAUACA